AAAGUCUCAAUAAUAAUGACUAAUCUUAGAAGUUAGGAUAGUGUUUAAAUGUCUAUGAUGCAAUAGCCAUUUUCUUUCUAAAAUGUUUAUCAUAGUUUUGAUGGUAAUGACUAAAGAAUCAAAGUAAAUUGAUAAAUAAUGAUAAUUUAGUUAAAUCAACUUUAGAUCGUUUAACAUAAAUUUAUCAAGUGUUUAAACAAUCUGAUUCGACAUUAGAAUAAUUAAAAGAAAGGAAAUAUUAUAGUCUUGCCAAACCAAAAUAAUCAACUAUACGUAUAAAUAACUCUUUAAAUAAAAGAUUAUUUUUUUAGACGAUAAAAUCUUAAAAAAAAUUAAAGUUUAGGAAUCUAGUGAUAGUACUUUCAUGGCUUUUCCAAGAAAUUAAUUUCCUUUCUUAUAAUGUAAUAAAUUUAAAAAUCUUUAGAUUAAGCUUACCCAUAAUUCUAUACAAGUUAUCCAUAAGAAUAAUUUGCGGCUAUGCAAUAUUAAUUGACAAACCCUAUCUUACAAUCAUAAGAUAGAUUUUUAGUCUAAUCAAAGCAAGUUUAAUAAAGUCAGCAUUUUCGAACUUCUGAUUUUUAAUUGUUUGGUUCUCAUGAUGAUUCUGAAUCUAUGGAAUCUCAUCAAAUCGAAAAGGAUAGUAAAUAAAUCAAAAAUUCUUAUUUUAAACUUAAAAAUAAGAUUAAAAAAGGAAAAGUAAAUGAUACAAAAAAUAUAACGAAAAAUUUUUCUAAAGCAAUAAUUAGCUAUAUUAUAUAAAAUAAAGAUAUCGGAUUAAAAAUAAUGAAUUAUGAAAAAUUUGAAGAAUUUGUAACGAUAUUAAAGGAUAAAAAAAAUUAGAUGACAAAUAUUAAGUAACUGAGAGAUCUUUGGGUUGAUACAAAUGAAGAAAAAAGUUAAUAAUUUAAUAAAGCAUUUCGAAUCUUUAGGUAAUUUUUUAAAAAUAGAUCUAGUGAAUAUUUCUUAAAGCAGUAAUCUGUGUCUUAUAUAUACAACUCAAGAAUAGCAAAUACGGGAUGGCAUUUAAAAUACAGAUAUAAUUUACUUCGAGCUUUAAAAGAACCAGAAAAUUUUAAAUAUAUAAAAGACAUAUGA